AUGGACGUUAGCGUUGAUACGGCCGGAAACGACGAAGAAACAAGCGAAAACUCAACGAGAAUGGCGUAUUUUCAGAUACCUCCUCCGGACGUGCUUAAUUUAAAUGAUGGUUCAACGGCUUCGAACUGGCGCGAAUGGAAGUCCGCUUGGAGCAAUUACACGUUGGCGACAAAGCUUGAUAAAGAAGACGAGGCACGUCAAGUAGCUACACUUCUAGCAGUAAUAGGAAAAGAAGCAAACAAAGUAUUUAGGACAUUUGUUUGGGAGUCAGAAGAUGAUUCUAAGAAAAUUGAUCUAGUCAUAACGAAGUUCGAGGAAUACUGUAUUCCAAGACAGAAUGUGACAUAUGAACGUUUUCGACUGUUUACGCGUGAUCAAGGGCCCACAGAAACCGUAGACCAGUACAUGAUGGAGCUGCGUAGAAUUUCUGCAAACUGUGAUUUGGAGUCGAUUACACCAGAUCAAAUAUUGCGAGACCGACUUGUUACUGGAAUUAGGGAUGCAAAGGUACGCGAACGAUUACUUCGAGACAAUAAACUUACCUUAGAGAAAGCACUAGACAUUGUGCGAGCUGCUGAGAGUAUGACAGCUCAAAUGAAGGAGAUGAAUUUAGAGGCUGGAAUACAUGCUGUCCGGCAGACACAACAACAUGACGGGUCCAAAGAAGAUAUACCAAAAUCGGAUAAAGCGGUAAUAAAUGAUUGCAAAUAUUGUGGUCGCGAUCAUGAGAAGCAUAAAUGUCCAGUAUUUGGCCAAACAUGUAGAAAGUGUGGAGUAAAAAAUCAUUUCGCAGUUAAGUGCCAAGCUAAAAGUAAAGAUCGAUUUUAUUUGGGCACCACCAAAACGGGUGAAAAGGAAGUUCGUUCAACUGUAACUUUAACAAUGUUAAAUGAAGUAGACGAUGUACCAAAUGGAGAUGUCCAAUUUCUUAUGGACACUGGGGCAGAAUGUAAUGUACUACCAUUAAAUGUGUACCAGAAAGUGACAGGUGAUAAAGAACUAAAUAAAUUAGAUAAGAACAAACGUUCAGUGCUCGUUUUAGCCAAUGGAUUUGAACAGCCUAUUGAAGGUCGGGCCAUGGUGAGAGUAAGUCGAGGUACUCAGACCCACAAACUUGUUGUGAAUGUAGUAAAAGGACAAGGGUACGAGCCAAUCCUAUGCAAGCAGACCUUGAUUGACAUGGGCAUGAUAAAGAUCCUUGAUUCCGACCAAAAACCCCGAGUAAGUGUAGUAACAGCAGGAUGCGACCCUUUGUUACAAGAGUUUAAUGAUGUCUUUGAAGGUCUUGGAAAGCUCGAAGGACAAUACACGAUUGUCACAGAUCCAUCAGUGAAGCCUGUGGUACAUCCGCCUCACCGUUUGCCAGUAGCAUUAAUCGAUCAAGUCCAAGAAAAGCUUGACAACAUGGUAAAGGAUGACAUUAUUGCAAAAGUUGAUCAACCCACUGAUUGGGUCUCCAGCAUGCUCGCUGUCCGAAAACCGACGUUGGGGCCAGACGGAAAAGUUGAUAUUCGCAUUUGUCUUGAUCCAAAAGAUCUAAAUGGUGCAAUAAAACGUGAACAUUUCCCAAUGCCUACUAUUGAAGAAGUUGCUACGCGAUUAAAUCGGGCGAAAAUUUUCAGUGUGUUUGACGCCAGUAAUGGAUUUUGGCAAGUAGAACUCGAUCCAGCGUCCAGCCGAUUCACUACUUUCAACACUCCAUUCGGGCGGUAUUGUUGGAAACGUAUGCCUUUGGUAUAA